AUGGCAAUCACAAAAUUCGUCCCUCUGGACCACACCAGGAUCCCAGGAUUCCCCGACGCGCCAGUACAUCUAGACAGAGCACCCAUCAAAAUGAUCGACGACAAUGGUGCAGAGUUUACCAAACACACCGACACCAGCAACUUGACCACCGCAGUCGGCAUCACCACAAUUCUCUUUCGCUGGUCUCCAGACGCUUUACACGCGUUUUUGGACAUCGACGCUUGGUUCUCGUUUACAUGGCAACUGACCAUUUCCUCCGUCUGCAAAUACGAAAUCGGGCGCGUGCAAAACCAAAUCACAAUCGGGAAACUUGAUGCCGAGGGUGAAAAGUGGGAAUUGAUGUUGACGUACAAUAUCGGCAUUCAAGAAGACGACGACAACAACAACAGAGGCAAAUGGAUCCCCAAUACCGCAGAAAGCAUGCUGGGCACUACCGACCUGACCUCCGCUACCCAAAUCGACACCUUGGGCAAAAACUUUGUCAAAGAUUUGUGUUUGCAGGAGGUGUGGUUUACGAGUAAAGGACGCAAGCACGAGUUGUUUGUGGAAUAUGCCUUGAUGGAUCCGUUUAGCGAUGGCAUACCCAUGAAUCCGCACUGGUUGUAUGAUGCGCCUAAUGUGGGGCACUGCACUACUUGCGAUGUUUACCAGGGUGUCAAGCCAUUGCAGCGGUGUGGGAGAUGUGGGACGGCGGCUUAUUGCUGUGCGUUGCAUCAGAAGUUGGAUUGGCCGGUGCACAAGACGACCUGCAAUAUGAGUUUGGAGGAUAGAGGGCAAAUGUUAGAAAUCUCGCAGCACGGAGGGCUUGUGGGUUGGGAUCUUUCUCAGAGGUUGGAAGACGAAGAUGAGGAGGAGCAAGAUGGAGAGGAGGCACAGGCAAAGAAGAUGUCCAAGAACCCGAACUUUGUCACGCCGCAGCUGAAGAGGCAGCGUCAGACGAAUUCCAGCAUCAACAUGAUGUAG